GGACGUAUUUCCUGGUGAGUACGAGGAUGCGCCGUGCUCACAAGGAAGUGCGGAGAAAUUUAUGCGCUUUUUUUCAGCUGAGUUGGCUCAUGUCAACUGCUGGCGGGUGCAACUGUUUAUAUCAAGUGUGAGAUAAAUUGUUCCCGAAGUGUGGAAUAAUAAUAAUCUGGCAGAAGAAAGGCGUCACCGCUUUUAAAAAUGCCCCGGAGAAAGAGGACCGCAGGCAGCAGCUCGGACGGGACGGAGGACUCGGAUUUUUCUGCCGAUCUCGAGCACGCCGAAGUUCCCGAGAGCGCGCGCAGGCGCAGCAGCACGCGCCUGACUCGCGCGUCCCUGCGCCUCAGUCAGAGCUCACAAGAUAACUGCAGCUCGUUACGUAGCAGUUCUCCUGCAGCUCCUGACGAAGGCCUGGAUUCAGCAGCGGAGUCGGCGGCGGCGGCAGCAGCGGUGGCAGCAUCCGUCUUCUCCUCCGGGCGCAGAAUCACACGCAGCCAGCAGGGGGCAACAAACACCAGAGCCAAAAAAUACCCUUUGCGUCAGAGCAGGUCGUCUGGCUCAGAUACCGAAGCUAACGCAGACACAAAACAGGGAGCGGACCGGGACGAGACGCCUCCUCGCACUCCGACAGGCAACGCCCCGUCGUCAGAGUCAGACAUCGAAGUUUCCAGCCCGAGCAACGACCUCGUGUCUUCCAGCAACGAUAUUGUAGUUUCACAAGAGGAGGACGAGAGAUUGGCAAAAGAGCUGUCGCUCAAAGAGGCAGCCGCCCACGACCUCUCCCACCGGCCCAAACGACGGCGUUUCCAUGAGAGCUACAACUUCAAUAUGAAGUGUCCCACACCUGGCUGCAACUCAUUGGGUCAUCUAACAGGGAGACAUGAGAGACAUUUCUCCAUAUCGGGGUGCCCUCUGUACCACAACCUCUCUGCUGAUGAAUGCAAGGGCAAAGCAACGACGCGCGACAAACAGACCGAGGAAAGGACGCUGUCGCACCGCCAGGACGAGAACAGGCACUCGACAAGAAACCAGGCCCCGACGGAUCGGCAGCUACGCUACAAAGAGAAGGUGACAGAGCUGAGGAGGAAGAGGAACUCUGGCCUCAAUAAGGAGCAGAAAGAAAAGUACAUGGAGCACCGCCAAAGCCACGGGACGAGCCGGGAGCCGCUGCUGGAGAACAUCACCAGCGACUACGACCUCGAGCUGUUCAGGAAAGCGCAGGCACGUGCCUCGGAGGACCUUGAGAAGCUCCGUCUGGCCGGCCAUGUGUCGGAGGGCAGCAACAUGAUAAAGACCAUCGUGUUCGGCCGCUACGAGCUGGACACUUGGUACCACUCUCCAUAUCCAGAGGAGUACGCCCGCCUGGGGAGGCUCUACAUGUGCGAAUUCUGUCUCAAAUAUAUGAAGAGCCAGACCAUUCUGCGGAGGCACCUGGCCAAAUGUGUGUGGAAACAUCCUCCAGGUGAUGAGAUCUACAGGAAGGGGAAUAUCUCUGUUUUUGAGGUGGAUGGCAAGAAGAACAAGAUUUACUGUCAGAACUUAUGUCUGCUGGCCAAACUCUUCCUGGACCACAAGACUCUGUAUUACGACGUCGAACCGUUCCUCUUCUACGUCAUGACUGAAGCCGACAACACAGGCUGCCACCUAGUCGGAUACUUCUCCAAGGAGAAGAACUCCUUCCUGAACUACAACGUGUCCUGCAUCCUCACCAUGCCGCAGUACAUGAGGCAAGGCUACGGCAAGAUGCUCAUAGACUUCAGUUACUUGUUGUCCAAAGUGGAGGAGAAGGUGGGUUCACCUGAACGUCCUCUGUCUGACCUGGGACUCAUCAGCUACAGAAGUUACUGGAAAGAAGUGCUGCUGCGCUACCUGAACAACUUCCAGGGCAAAGAGAUCUCCAUUAAAGAAAUCAGCCAGGAGACGGCGGUGAACCCGGUGGACAUCGUCAGCACACUGCAGUCCCUCCAGAUGCUCAAAUACUAAGGGAAGCACCUGGUUCUUAAGAGACAGGACCUUAUUGACGACUGGAAGGCCAAGGAGACCAAACGAGGCAACGGAAAGACCAUCGACCCCACAGCCUUAAAAUGGACGCCGCCUAAAGGGACGUAGAGGACCUUCCUGUUCACACGCCAACAACACACACAAAUCGACAGAUCCUUCUCCGUACACUGGCAUGCUCACACACCCUGAGCCUGAACCCUCACACACUCUGAACGCUUUCAGCAGCUGCAGCGCGGUAACGUACACUUACAGUCCGCCGUCACUCCGGGUUCAAGCAGUCACUGAGCUGAUCCAAGUCCAACUGAGGACCAUGUGUAUGAAUCUAAUGCAGAAAGGCAUCUAGUGUUUAAAACAGGUAAAAAAAAAGCAGCCAAAGAUGUCCUCAAAUCUAAACUGUAAAGACAAAGGAACAAUUAAGGUUGGGUUAUACUUGAUAAAACUACAGGGUGUCCCAAAAAGAUCGACAUCAUUUGAGAUGUCCACAUCGGAGUGACCACGUGGUCCAGAGAAAUGAUUCUUAAUAGGAUUUAUUUUGGACAUGGAAUGAUUUAUUCUGGGCUGCACAGUGGAUAGUGGUUAGCACUUUCGCCUUGCAGCAAGAAGAUCCCCGGUUCAAAUCCCGGCCUGGGAUCUUUCUGCAUGGAGUUUGCAUGUUCUCCCUGUACAUGCGUGGGUUUUCUCCGGGUACUCCGGCUUCCUCCCACAGUCCAAAAACAUGCUGAGGUUAAUUGGUUACUCUAAAUUGUCUGUAGGUGUGAAUGUGAGUGUGAUUGUGUGUCUGUAUAUGUAGCCCUGUGACAGACUGGUGACCUGUCCAGGGUGUCCCCUGCCUUCACCCGAGUCAGCUGAGAUAGACUCCAGCACCCCCAAUGACCCUAGUGAGGAUAAAACGGUGUAUAGAGAAUGGAUGGAUGGAUGAUUUAUUCUACAAAUUUCAAAUGAAGUUUUCUGGAGGAUGGUGAUCUUAUAAUGCUCCAAAGUUAUUAGAAAUGUUCAGUGUGUGCGCUGUCCAAACCUGCUUUCCUGUUGGCGCCUUCUUAUGACAUUUUCUGACAAAUUCACGCUGCGCUUUCACAUGACAGAGUUUGGGCGUACUUCAGUACACAGAACGCCUUUUCUGUUGCAAUAAACAGCACAUCUAUUGCUCAAAACAGAAAAAUCAAAAGAAUUACACUUUUUUGAGCAAAAAGAAAUUUUAACAAAUUAUUAGGGGAUGAAAUGAUGUCAAAUUGUUUUGACACUACAUUUCCUGUUUUCACAGCCUCCUCACAACUGCUCCUCAAACGUUUCUUGAAACACCACAGUUCUUUAGAAAUUACAAAUAUCCAUGCACUGCUUAAAUAUUGACAUUCAGUUUAAAAAACUAAGUAUGAAUGAAAUACUUGCAUUAGUAGUAGUAUAAACCAAUGAGUAAUGCAAUAAUGUCUGAAGAAACUCAAGUCUAAAAUGUUAAUUUAUCAUCCUGAGAGGUUUUUAAGGUUUGUUUUUAUCUAUAAAUGGCAUUUGAAAUGUCUCUUUUCAUUUCUAUAUGGAAGUUUUCUCACUUUUCAUGUCUGGUACUGUCACUGCCCUCUCAUUUCAUUUUACUUAAACUAGCAACAGCUGCUUUCAGAGUUAGCCAGCAGUCUGCUAAAUAUAGUGAAUUAAACAAUGCACUGAUUUCACAGCAUUUCAUAGUAACGUUUUAACGAUUUGUCCAGAUGUUUCACAGAUUGUUGGUUCAUUCGUGUGUUUAAACAGUUAACUGGAGGUGUCAGGUUGCAAGUAAUGAGCUCCGGUGAAGUCAGUGGACGUAAAACAGCCGCUGAUAUCAUUCAGACCUCGUUUGUUAUCUGAAAAGUGAAGCUAAUUGUGCGUCCUUGCUCGCCUCCUUCCACACACUUCAUCAGCUCCGAGCACCAGACGCUCUUUUAAUCCCAUCAGCGGCAGCCAGAGUCGUACCUGCGCCGCGUUUUUCCUCUCUGUUCUCGGCAGCGCGGCGACGACUCAUAAAAACGUGUUUUGUCAGACGCAGACCAGCCGGCCGAGAUUAAACAGGACAGGGCCUGGUCGAGCGUCAGGUUUCUAAGAAUAGGAGCCCUGACCUCAAUUUAACGCUCAGAUGGGGGGUUCCCACCGGAAAAGACCUCAACACGAACUUCUCCUGGAGAUGUAAUGAAAUCUGGAAAGGCAGAAAAAACAGUUUUGCUCAUAAAAUACUACCUGACGCUGUUAUUUUACAGGUUUUAUUGCGUAACAGUGUGAAGGACGGACAUCAUCGCUGUUAGGAAGAGCUGGGACGGUUUCGGUUCUUUACCUCGUUUACAGACGAUCAGUGGCUGUUUGAACCCAGAACUAACCCGUAACUCUGCUUCUGUCUCCUGCAACAAACACGCGUCGUGUUCAGUGUUUAUCCAUCUCACCAGUCAGUCUGUUAACCAGGAAGCUAUAGCUGCCACUGGACCGUCUACCUGGAUGUGUUUCCACCUGCCCCCCUUUUUAUUUCACUCACUUCACGAUGUCCUGAGAAAAUCAGCAGCAGCUCACAAACGUGUUUCCUGUGUCCUUUGUUUGGUUUUGUUAUGAUUUUCUAAAAUACUUUUUUCUACCUCUAAGGUUUUACCACUGUAUACAAGCUAGAACAGCCCAUUUUAAGCUUUUUGUUUUCCUUUUUUUUAAACUGUGUGUUAAAAUAUGCAGCUGUGUUUUUUGUCUUUUUUUUUUUUUACUAGUUUUGGGGGAAAAAGAAGCUAUUUAUAUUCUUUAAAUGCUGUUAACUGCGUAGACCGUACAGGACCGUAGAGGAUUGUCUACUUUGUAGGACUGGCUUCCUUGUGAAUAUAAAUAUUUAUCUAAAAGCGUAUGUAGAUCUGAAUGUGUCCAGAAGCUCUUUAAAGGUACCGGAGGGAGAAUCCCCCCCACCAGCACCGACAGUGGCAGAAGUCAUUUCCAUUUCAGAGGUUUAUCUCCUGCUGUCGAAAGCGACUAAAUCUAGAUGUUGCAUGUUGUCACUACUUAUGAAUUAGAGCUGCGAGCAGGACGGCCUUUUUGUUCAGACUGUGACUGAUUGAAAACUCAUUUUAUUUUAUUGACAAUCUCGAUAUUUAUUGAUUUGGAUCGACAUUUAAGUUUUUUUAAGUAUGCUUCAAUAUUUUGGUUAAAUAUGCUUGAAAAUCGAUUGAAAAUCCAUCUCUGUGUUCUAAAUGUGACGCUUCGGAAGUAGCAGGUUAGACUGAUGACAAGGGGAAACAGUGAGAGCAACUCUGGAGCUUUUAUUUUGAAGGACAUUUUAGUUCUAAUCACUUUUUUGUUUAUUUGUUUGUUUGUUUAGGAGGAUGGGGCUUUUGCUAAUAAUAACUUUCAUUCCAAAGAUAAACUUAUGGAUUAAUGUUUUGUUUGUUUAUUUAUAAAAUGUCUGAAAAGUCCAAGAAACAUCCUCAAAUGUCUUGUUUUGUCCACAAGCCAAAGAUAAUUAGUUUAUUCUCAUAGAGGAAGAAGGAAGUCAGAAAAUAUUAAAUUUAAGAAGCUGGAAUGAGAGAAUUUAGGUUUUUUCUUCUUAAAAACUACUCAAGCUUAUUCAUUGGUCAUAAAAACGGACUUCCAGUUAAUUGGAUUCAUCAGUUAACCCUGAUGUCGUCCUGCGGGUCAAACUGACCCGUUUUAAAGUUUGAAAAUGUGGAAGAAAAUAGAUUUUCACAGUGAAACUUCUGAUGUCCACAUUUUCAACAUUUUUGGGAAAUUCUUUUAACAUUUUUUGGUGGAAAAAAGAAAUGUUAAAAAUGUUUCUUAAGAAUAUUCACAUAAAAAUCAACCAAAAUCCAGCGAAAUUUCGCUGGAUUUUGGUUGAUUUUUUUGUGAAUGUUCUCAAAGAAAAUACUUUUUUUUACUGAUAUAUAUGUAAUCACUUUAGAUAUUUUUAGGAUUGUUUUGGAAGAUUUUUACUCAUUUUUUGAAAAUAUUUAUAAGAAUUUUCUUGCCAAAUUUGGGGGAUUUUUUUUUAAAUAAAACUUUUAAGGAAUUAUUAGAAUUUUCUUCUGUAAAUUUUCAGAGAUUUGGGGAAUUUCGGGGAUUUCUUUCAGACAGGGAAACAAUAUUUUUUGGUGCCCGUAAAUGACGACAACAGGAGGGUGGAUUGUUGUAGCUUCAAUGAUCACACAACGGAUGCCACACAAAAAGAGAGACAUGCUAACAGUUUCCCUUUGUUUUCAGUCUUUGUGCUAAGCUACGCUAACCACCUCAUAUUUACUACACAGACAGGAGAGUGUUGCCUAACUCUCUAAAAGAAAACUAAAUGUUGAGGUGUUCUUUACACAUUAUGAAUAAGCUUAGACAAGAACGUCUCAUUAAAUCAGCCCUCAUCUUCUUUUUUUAGUUCUCAUGAUGGUUUUUGUAGUUUGUGUUCAGCUUCAAAGUUACAUUUGCUUCUUUUGUGUUGUAAGAAAAGUUGCCUUUACAGUUCAUGAGGACGAGGCUGUUUAUCUGUGUUUAGUUUUUUUAAUUGUGAUGUUUUGUUUCUACCAUCCGUGGAUGAGUUUGUUUCCCGUGUUUCUGUUUUGUCUCUAACCCUGUGGUUAAUUGUGUCCGUCUUCGUCGAGUCUUACAUGAGGGAGAAGAGUUCACAUCAGUACUAACCGGACGCAGGUUUACAGGAACUACAUUCAACCUUUUAGCACCUAUGUUCAAUAAAUCUGUCUGAAAUGUGCCACUGACUCAAACCUUUGUGAAGUGUCGGCAGGUUCUUCGCCAGCUCUGAAGUGCAUUAACAGGGAAGUGCACUUACUUUUUGAAGGACUUUAAAAGGAAAAAACUUUCCACGAAAACACUCCUGAUGACGGCGCUUCAUAGCUUCACACACGCCAGAUACGAUGGACAGAUUUCAGCUUCGGUUUUUUAACACCUCUUUUUUUUUUUUUUAACCUGUCACUGAGAAAUCCAUCAAAAAUGAAACUCAUUAGCAGAAAAUGAAGCUGAAUGUAACAUUUUCCUGUCACUGAAAGGCGCCCAGAAUGUGUUGAACAUCACAAAAGCAUCCAGAAGGGAUUUUUUUUUUCACCCUUCAAAGUGUGCCAUCUUCUGUCUCUAACAUCGCUUUGGUUUCCUUCACGUCCUCGUCACGUCAUGCUGUUGUCUUGCUGUUUCCCCCCUUCCUCCCCCCGAGCCAAUGGCAGCUAUAGAUGAGCAGCUUUGGACCCGGUUAUUAAGCCGUCUGAUCAGAGUUGCUUUCGAGGAAGCAGGAGCAUCAGUCCUCCCAUCAGUCACCAGCGACACACAGAAAAGUAGCGCGGCAUCGAUAUGUAGCUCAGUUGUGCUUUUGUACUCGCUUCCCCCCUCCAACCCCUCCGACCUUCCUCUUCAAUAAAUGCAAAAUGGUGAAACGCA